GAAAUCUCUUUAAAUACAAUUAAAGGAAAUUUGGAAACAUUCAAUGCUUAUCAGGGAUAUUUGCAGAUGUGGCAACUAACGUCUUUGGGAACCAUCAGCAGUGAUCAUAUGACGGCAGUAGCCAUGGCGUCACAGAGAACAGGGACCUUCCAAGUUUGAAGUUUUACAAGGCAGGUAUGAUAAAUGUGUAAGAGGAAAAGAAGUGUGAUGGCCAAGAGUUCACAGAGGAAGCAACGUGACUGUGCAAACCAAUGCAAAUCAAAUCCUGGCUUGAGCACCUCAAUCCCUCUGAGAAUGUCCAGUUACACAUUCAAGAGGCCAGUAACGAGAAUUACACCCCAUCCUGGCAAUGAGGUCAGAUACCAUCAAUGGGAGGAGAGCUUGGAGAAGCCUCAGCAGGUCUGCUGGCAGAGGAGACUGCAGGGACUCCAGGCUUACAGCAGUGCAGGAGAACUUUUAAGCACUUUAGAUCUUGCCAAUACCUUGCAAAAACUUGUCCCUAGUUACACAGGUGGAUCUCUGCUGGAGGAUCUUGCCAGUGGUCUGGAGCACUCCUGCCCCAUGCCCCACCUUGCCUGCUCUUCAGAUGCGGUGGAGAUAAUUCCUGGAGAGGGAGUGGGUAUCUCGCAGCUCCUCUGCAAACAAUUUCUGGUCACUGAGGAAGAUAUCAGGAAACAGGAAGGGAAAGUGAAGACAGUCAGAGAGAGACUCGCAAUAGCACUGAUUGCGGAUGGACUCGCUAAUGAGGCAGAGAAAGUGAGAGACCAAGAAGGCUGUCCUGAAAAACGCUAAGAAAAAAAGGGAAGAUAGUGCAGAUGAAAUAAAGUGUAAUCCUUUAUUAACAUC